AAAUGGCUGCGUUUCUUAUCCAAACCUCUGGAGCUGGGCAGUAAAAAAAACACGUCCAAACUGCGUCUCUUUGAGGUUCACACCGAAACAAUCCGAUGUGGUGAUUAAACGCCAGCAAGCCGACGUCCAGUGGUGCGAAAAUAUUUUGGGGAAAUGGAUCGACUCACGGUCUGAGGGAUGAAAGAUCAUUUUUCUCCUUAACCCUUUCUGCACCGAGAUCUCCGAACAAUCGAGCAGAAGAUGAUGCGCCAGGUGACAACCAGUGACUUCUGCAUGAAUAGCAGGCCGUCAUGCCUAGCAGAGGACAGCCACCACCCUGCCUCCCACUUUGACCUGUGCACCCAGGCCAGCAAGUUCUACCCCCCUCCUCCUCCAUCGGCCCUCCAGAUGACGUUGGCUCCCAUGGUUCUACCCACCCAGAGCCACAAGCCCAUGGUGUGCCCAAGACAGGAAGUGCUCGUGGGCUCGCCUGGGAAAAUAUCCAGCAUUAAAAGCAACGAUCAGGCAUCAGAGGAUGGCAAGAAGAAGAACAAGGCAGCCGGGAAGUCAGGCAGACGCGGAAGGCCUUUGGGAACCACCAAGCUAGCUGGGUACAGAACCAGCACAGGGCGACCCCUCGGCACCACCAGAGCUGCAGGGUUCAAGACGAGCCCGGGAAGGCCGCUUGGUACUACCAGAGCGGCGGGGUACAAGGUCAGCCCCGGACGGCCUCCCGGCAGCAUCAAGGGCCUCUCUCGCCUCAACAAACUAGCUUAUGGUAGCACGUGCAGCGGAGCGGCUUUCCCCUAUCCGCUACCACACAAGGAAAUCCUCUGUGAACCUUCCUGCAAAGAGAAGACAGUUUCCCCUCACCCUCCAUCAGUUGAAUAAGAGACGCAUGUAUACAGGUUUCCUGCCUGAUAUUGGGGGGUGAUUGUAAUCUUUUCCAGCCUGCUGUGAGGCUGAGAGGAGAUUUUCUAUUAUUCGUGUUGGUGUCAUCUGUGUGCCUGCCACCUGAUAUAAUACUGUUAGUUUUUUCAGUGCUACUGCUGGAGUGGGAGGUUUGACUACACAGUGCUGUUGUCUUGGGAAAAGAACAAUAUCAGAUGUUCAUUGAGCAAGGAGCUUUUAUCUUUCUAACAACUGUAGUGGCAGGUUGUGACACAUGUCAUUUCUACUGUGCUUUAUGUAGCAUUUAACACCACUGAAUGAUCGUUGAAACAUUCAUUUUAAAAUGUUUCAUUACUGUAAACAAUGGAAACCAUCGUGAGAAGAUUGAUACCCACUGUUGUGUGAACUCUGUUGGGACGAACUAAAGUCUGUGUGUUCAUCACACUACAGUUUGAAUUACAUAUUAGCUCUUGUUCUUGCUCUCUAAACAAACAAACAAAGCAAGAGAGAGAGAGAGAGAGAGAGAGAGAGGAGGACAAGUAGCAACUUUUUCUUUGCAACAAGAAGGUUUCUUGAAAAUGUGUUCUUUAUUUAAAAAGCAAAAUGUUAUAUGUAGCACUUUUUAUGCGUUACAUUUGUAAAAAUGGACAGAACAGCUGGGGGUCAAGUGCCUUGCUUGGUGGCACUUCAGAGACAGAUGUACAGAUAAUCUUCCAGGCUAACAGAACCCCAAAACCCAGAUCCCUCCAGGAUUAACACUAGAAAACAUGACUCCUGCUAACGAUGUCUUACUGUUCACUCUCUUAUUGUCACCUCGAGAAAUGUCUACAUAUUAUUUGCAUGCAAAUGUCAUCAAAGCAACUGGGUCAACUCACAGAUUGUUAUCCAAGUCCGAAAUAACGUUUUUGUUUUUUUUACUAAAAGUAUAAAACUAAAAAAAAUGUAUAUACAUUGACUCAGCAACUCAGUCCACCUCUUUCUUAUAACCUGCUUACAAUUGACCAAUUUGUACCCUGUUCGACUAUGGGUAAACGUUUGGAUGAACGUUGUUUGAAUGUUCUGCUUGGUACUGGAUCGCUCUUCAUUACAGUUAAAUUUAUCAUUGUUCAUCUAGAGAGUUCAAAAUUCUGCUCGGUGCAGAAACUUUGUUAGCUGAUGUAGGUUUUCCUUCUAUGAUUUUUGUCAGCGUGCCUUUUUUUUUUUUACACAAUAAUCCAAAUUUCUCAAAAUUGUUAAUGUUUAAUUUUGUCUCAACACAAACUUGCUGAGCUGAAGAACUUUUUGUUUUAAAUUAGCAAAAUUCCCAUUAAAAUCAAGAAAAUACCUAAUCAAAGAUUAAGUAAACAAGCACCCAAUCAAUUCCAUUUGAUAUUUUGACAGUGAUUCUUGUUGGUACAGGCACAUUUUGCUUUGUUAAAAAAAAUCAGCUGUCUGUUGGCAUAUUUAGAAAUCAUCAACAUCUGACCAAAAUUUUGUCCCACUACCAACAACAAAAUAUGACCCAAUUGGGUCAGGUGAGUUCCUUUGUGGCAGUUUUAAUAUAUUUCUGAUACAAAAGGGUGUUUUGUCACAUAGUAGGGAACGUCUGUCACCCAAAGAAUCAUCUGUAUCUUCUGUGUUAUCCAUUAAAACAUUAUGGAUUGAACAUUAUUUAAAGAAUGCAUACUUAGCUGUCAAGCAACAUUCAAGUAUUAAUAAAGAUUUGUCCUAAUGGAAGAAGCACAUUGAUGAUAUCCAAAUAGCUCCAACAUGAAUGUGUGGCUGAAUGCACUAACUAUGAUUGUUAUGGCAGUUACAUUGUAUUUCCCCAAACUCUCUUAACUACCAAACUAUCUCUUUGUUUGAUUUGAUAUUUGUGUGACAGACCGUUACCCCAACUAAAGCUCUUAAAUACUUUAUUUGAUUUUUUUUAGCAAGUUAAAAUGUUUUCAUUUGCAUUUAAUGCUGAAUCAUAAACAAAUGAGACCAUCACUGGCAACCCAUUGCUGGUUGCCAUGCUGUGUUUUUACACUGUGAGCUGUAGAUGGUGUGCAAGCUGCUGACAGGAGGCGCUGUUCUUCCACAAGAAACAGACAAAACUGUCAGAGGAAAGAAGUGGGGGGAAAAAUAGCCCCUUUCUAUCACAGGUGUGAGACACACAUCAUUUGUUUACAAUGAUCACACUAAAAUAUAUGAUUUUAGGUAUUAGGUAUUAAUUAAGUUUUAAUUUGUACAUUAUAAAUCAAUAUUUUAUGUCUUGAUUUUAACAAUGAAAAGGACAAAUUGUGUCUUUUUGUUGCUGUUUAUUAUGUUGUUUAGGUACAUUUGUCCCUGCCGAUCAGUGUAAUCUGGCUGUUGGGGAAGCUGGUGUUUUUCGUGAAAUGCUAAUGUAAAAAUAAUUUAGCUGAAACAGACAGAAUGAAAGGUGGAGUUGUUUUAUUGGUUUAAUAUUUUUGUCAUUAAUCAAUAUGCUUAAGGCAAUGUAAAUACAGUAGACCACAUUAAAGACAAGUAUGAUUUACGUGUCCACUGUAUUGUAUUUAAGUUUAAUUGACCGUGCGCAAAAGCUCGGCCCCCUUAGUUACUGUUGCUAUGCGCCAAAAGCUUCCAGGACAGUCAGCAGCCACAGAGCAGACAGGCACUUUCCACAAUUUCACAAUUCCUUGGUGAGGUAGGCUGCCCAUUAACAAAAUGCUACAAAGAUUAAAAUAGGCUCAUAAUGGCCUGCUGGGACGUUGUAGCACAAUCCACAAAAUUUCUAUCAUUGGUAUGCAACUAUAGUUACAAACACCUCAUCUGUAGGCUGCACUCUAGAAAACAUGUAAAAUAAGGUGUCACUGGUGCCCAGAUGGUAAAUCAUCCAUAGCACAGACUGAUGUAGCAUGUGCUAUAGGCAACAUCUGUAUUUUUACUUAUUGUGAAGGACUGAAUAAAUACUGUACCGGACCGGGUUUACCUUUAGUUAGCUCAUGUUUGCUAGCUAUAGCAGCUAAACUUGGAGCAGUCAUUUGUGUGUCUGUUGAUCUUGGAGAUAUUAAGUUGGGAGUUGGCUCUCCCACACUGUUUAAUCUACAGCCAGCUCGCUCCCCUUUUUUUCUGAGUUUUGGAAAAGGGGAAAAAAACGACUCCUCCUGCUAAACUCUUAGGGUAACUGGUGUCAGAUUUACAAAUCCCAUAUGCACAUGUUUCACCUUGCUGCUCAGAGCUCAAUGCAUGACUGACCUUCUUCUCCUACUUAACGGUUGCUAAGGCUAUGAUUGGAAGGAGCGUUAGGGGGAGUAGUUUUGCGAACAGUCAAUUACUUAAAAUGUAAAUCUUAAGCUUUGCCCUAAUGAACAUUCAGUUUUUGGUAUUAUUCACAUACAAGCAUUUCAGAUACUGAGAGUGAAGAAAAAGUGUAGCUUCACAGACCUGCUCUCACAUGAUGAAAUAUAAAAUUGUUAAAUUUGGUGCAAUAAUCUGUUGUAUGUAUGUAUUGUACUGUGGAAACUUUGAUACUAUCACUUUUUAUUAUUGUUGUAUUUUUAUACUUGUGUACAAGGCCUUCAAUCACUUGUUUUGUUGACGUGUGUAGUGUUAACAGACUUUUACCGAAAUGUCACAUCCAAACAUCCUUUUCACCCUCCUUUACCAAAGAAUAUGACGUUAUCAAACUGUAGGCAUUUAUGCUAUUUGAUUUAAAUACAAAUAUUCCAACAUCUCACAAAAUAACCUUAGCAUGAAAGGUACUGUGUAAAUGUAAAUGUACAUGAAAAGGCACUUGGAAACCAAUAUCCCAUUAAAAAGAGAGUGUGAUUGUUUGAAUUAGUGAAAAAAACAACUUUUAACUGUGGCAUCAAUCUUUUGAAUGCAUUGUAAAUUGCUACACAUUGGCAACAUUAUCUUAGUUCCUUACGUCUUAUUGUAUUUAUAUCAUCUGUUAUUUAACUUUAAAAGUAUUUCCAUUUUUAUAUAUAAUUCCUAUGUAGCCAUAUUUGAUAUUUACAUAACUAAUCAUUUUUUGUUGAGUUUUUGGAUGACAUGAUGAUGACGCAUUUUAAAGUUUGUGUAUUUUAUUUAGUGUUUUUUAUUCAUUUUUAUUUUAUUUAUUUUUUUACUAAUUUUGUUUGUCAGGCUCCAGAUGCAUAUGUUGAGAUGCAACUGUUUUUUUUUUUUUUCAGAGAAGGCAUGUUUACAUGUCACACUAUAAAAAUCACAGACACUGUCACACUGUGAUGUCUUACUGAGACGCUAUAGACCCUUAAUGUUGCGAGUAACACCUGUCCGUAUCCUUCUAUGACAAGUCAACAUGUCUGCUGUGAAAAAAGACAUUUUUUUCUGUCCUGCUUCAUCUUUUAGGUGGCCUCUGUUCCAUUGCUUCUGCAACUGACAGGUUCAGUCAGAAACUUUUAUAAAACAUCCUCAAACUGUCACUAUAUUCUGGGACAGAUCAUUUGUGGGGGGAAAAAUCCUGUUUUGCCUACAACCAAUCAGAGCAGAGUAUUGUGAUACUGUGGUCAAAGUGUAAAACUAGGUAGCGCUGAUCAAAUAUGAAUCAAAAUUAUGUAGCUUCAUUGCUUAUUUGUCAUCAGAAUCUUGCAGAUGCCAUUGGGAGCAUUAGGAGUCAGAGGAACAGGAAUUUUUUUUUCAUAGAUUAAAUGUCAGGAUAUAGUGACAGUUGAUAUGACAAAACGUGACCUAUUGAACUUUUUUUAAACAUUGUGUUUAUACCUAUUGAACGUUUAGCAGGAUGUGGAUUUUAUUCGUCCAUACUCUAGUUCAACUGGAUAUUUACUCUUGUACAGAAAACCAUCUUGUCUUCUAAGAAAUUAAUUCAACAGCUCUAGUUACCUUGAGGUUUUAACGGUGUGCUGGUGGAACAAUGGCCUCCAUCCUCUUGCCCCUACUUCUGUGUAUGAUUUAUAUUGUCAAAUCAACCAAAAUUUUGAUUUAAAAUGUUUCCAUGAAGGUCUCGUAUUUGUGGGAAAUUAUGUUAGGUAAAGGUAGCUAAAAACAUAACUAAUAAAUUAGGCCUGUUUUACUUAAAAAUUGUUCAGCUAAACUGCAUUGUCAGGAAACCAAAAGUCAAAGUUGACUCAAUUUAACUCACUUAUGUAAAUUAACUUAUGUAACAAGCACACUUUAUUUUUAACCCAAACUGUGAUGUUUUGCUACUUUAACCUAUCCAACUUGUGCUUUUGACUAAAGCAUACCAAAUAGCCGGGGCUUUUUUCCAAUUUACAAUAUUAAUCCUGUUUAAGAUUUGAAUCCAGAAGAAAAUGUGAUUACCUUGAAAUGUAAUUGACAAUGCAUUUCAAUUGUAGGGAGAUUUAUUUAACCAGUAGACAGCGUAAAACUAUAAUAUUCAAAUUAUUAUCAGUUGAAUGAACCACAUCAUGUUGAGCAAGGUUGUUGUUUUUUUUUUUGGAAAGGGCUGGAUCUACAAAUGUGAAUUUUGUAAAAAAAAUUUUUUAAGUCAGUGGAUAUUUAUUUAGCUUAGAAUGUGGGCAGAAACCUAAAACAAUAUGUUUUCGCUUUUUUGGAAAAAAAGCCCAUUGAGUUCGACAUGUUACUGGCACAGAGGCUAACUAGGAGAGGCACCUCAGGGCUCCUGAAGCUUUGAGAUGGUAACAUUUAUUUCCAUAAGAAUACCUGAAAAUCACAACAGUUUGUUUCAUGUUAUCUCAAAUAUUUGGCUUCAUGCACUGUUAACAGAUUUGUUCUGAACCGUAAACAUCAGCAGAGUACUGAUGUAUUUGACAGCAUUAUUUUCUAGAAUAUGGACAAGAUGUAAGAACUUAAUGUUUUUUCUUGAAUUGUGUUUACAUGAUGGAAGGCAGUGACAUUUUGAAUCUUGACCCUCUCAGGAGGACAUCACAGAAGAGUGAAGACAUGAUUAUGGAACCUAUAAUAGACUUAGAUUAAUCUAAGAUUUUUUUUUCUUUUUAAUAUUCCCAUUGUUAAUAUUUCAAGUUAAAUCAGUGUGCAGGAAUUCAUAGUUUUUGUUAUAGUCCCCUUUUUCAAUAUUAUUUUUCUCUCUUACCAUCAUCAGCAUUAAAUCAACAUGUGGUCUGUUGUCUGUAGAUUAUUUCAGAAAUAUUACCUCACAUUUUGAGUGUUUUUGAGACGACAUGAAGCCCAGUUAUUCCUGAAGUGUGAUUGGCGAAGCCUGUUAAGCUUUGUAUAAUUCCAGUUUUAUUCCUGCAUGAUUGUUGUGGAAUGUUCAAAAGUUGUGUAAUAAAUCUGAAAGUAACACAUUCUGCGGA